AUGAAGCUUUCAGAUGAAAAAUUAAUCCCAAAUCAACCAGCUACAAUCAAAAUAAUUCCUGAAAAAUCAGACGAUUUAUGGCUUUUAUACAAUCUCAUUGUCGAAGAUGAUGUCGUUUCUGCUGUUACAACUCGCAAAAUUCAAUUUUCUUCUGAUUUGACAGCGAAAAAGAAGAGCAGAAAACAUAUCGAUAUGGAUGUCAUACCUAACAUGGUGAUUGCAAGCAAAGACUCUAUCAAGGAUGAUUUUCGAGCUUACUUGUUGCUUGAGGCUCAAAAACGGAAGAUAAAAUCCAUUGAGAGAAACGAAUCGCGUAUUCUUAUGAUUCAUCAGAACAAUAUAAAAGAUAUUUUGAGUGAUAAAGUGAUAAAAAAUAUGAACGCUAACACAAAGGUGAUUGAAAAAUUCAUGGAUAUGGUAAUAAAUAAAUGUGAUUGGGUGUGUUAUGGCACUAAAAGUGUUGAAUAUGCACAUGAAUUGCUUGCAAUUGAUACACUUUUGAUCACAGAAGAACUGUCAGAGAAGAAGGAUAUUAAAUUGAGAAAAAAAUACUCAAAGUUGAAGAAAUUAGUGCAAGAAGCUGGUGGAAAAGUAAUACAAUUUAGUGAUGUCGAAGGAGACAAACUGGCUCAGAUGACUGGAAUUGCUGCAAUUUUGAGGUUUCCUAUUCCUAAUAUUGAUGACUUGGUGUUGUAG